AUGCCCCCCUUUGAACAAGACCAAGACGCCACUACUGUGUUGGACAACAGUGUCAAGAUGUCGUUGAGUAGUGUUGAAGAAGGAGCUACCAGUGGUAGUACUGCUAAUCAAGGAGAAGGAGGAGAAGAAGAGUACCGUCGCCGGUGUCGUCAUUUUUAUCGUCAAUCGACGAGUGUGGACGAUGAUUUCACGAGUUUGGACGCUGAUGAUCAAGAUGAUGAUGCGUAUGUGGAUGAAGAAGAAGCGACCCGCCAACAUAGCAGCAAAAAGACGGACGAAGAGAAUCGGUUAGUGUUGGAAGCGGUGGACCAAAUGAGCGACGCGACGUCCUAUUCCGCCUUUUUGGCCAAUUUGACUCCGGAGCAAUUGGUCGUCUUAUGCUCGUGCGGAUUGCCCACUUCUAUCACUACUAGUAGUAGUACAUACGACGCUACUAGAGAAAAAUGGGUUCAAAUUCGAACGGAAGAACGUCAAUUGGCGCAUCAAGUGAAUAUGAGAGAACGAUUGCACAAAUUGGAAUCCAUUUUGCAAGAAUUUCUACUACAACAGCAACCACAACAACAACCACAACAACAGCAACAACAACCACAAGAUGACAAUGACUCCUUUCUGACAACCCGCCAACAAGUGAUUAUGAUCAAACAGACGCUCCGAUUGUUUGUCCACAACUACCACGCCGACUGUAUUGCGUCGCAUUCGCUCAUGGCCGGCAUGCGACACAUUCUGGAACUUCAAUUGGACAAGAACGAAGAUGCUCCAUGCAUUGUUUGGACGUUUGAUGCCAAUGUCAUUUCCGAAGCCAUUGUCGCACAAACCCAAGGAGCUUCUUCUGCCUAUAUAAAAGAGGCACUACACGCACUAUUGGUCUUUUUGGUAUAUCAAGAACCUCAAAAAGAUCCAGAACACAACAACAACAAUACUCAUCAACGCAUGCUACAAUUCGCCGUGGAACCAUCGCUCAGUGACAAGACACUCACACAAAUUCUACAAGUAUUGCCACGACCACAUGAAUUGCAUGCUCGGCCCACGGGAAAAUAUAACACUCCGGCACAAGGAUUGGUUCGUACCAAUGUCGAUGGAGAAUUGGAUGAACCCAUGGAUGUCUGUUCCCUGAUUGUCAAAAAUUUACGAAAACGGGGGUGGUGGUUCUAA